AUGGCCAAGUCUCAAGAGCAGCAACACCCCAAGAAGGCCUUUGGAUGGGCAGCCAGAGAUUCAUCUGGUGUUCUCCCUUCAAUUUCUCAAGAAGGAAGAAAGAUGGUAGGUGGUAGCAACAUUGGAGGUGUGAAGGAGACACAAGAGAUGAUUGAUUUUGUGGCCAAGCACAACAUAACAGCCGAGGUUGAGGUUAUUCCUAUUGACUAUGUGAACACUGCUAUGGAGCGCCUCGCGAAAGUGGACGUUAGAUACCAAUUUGUUAUCGACGUUGGAAGUACAUUGAAGCCUCCUGGCUUUUAA